UUCACAAAUCCUCCACCUGUGUGCAGCGCUAACCGUAAACCAUCCCGGUGCCAUGAGAGAGAAUUAGGAUUAGACGAAAAAAAAAAAAAAACCAUAAAUACGCCGUCAAACGCGUUGACACAGGCAGUUAAAAUAUGCAAAAAUAUGAGAAGCUAGAAAAAAUCGGGGAAGGAACAUACGGUACCGUAUUUAAAGCGAAGAACCGUGAAACGCACGAAAUCGUAGCCCUGAAAAAAGUCCGAUUGGAUGAAGAUGAUGAAGGUGUUCCAUCCUCUGCCCUACGAGAGAUUUGCCUCCUCAAAGAGUUGAAACACAAGAAUAUCGUUCGUCUUUACGACGUUCUUCAUAGUGAUAAGAAACUGACUCUAGUCUUUGAGCAUUGCGAUCAAGAUCUUAAGAAGUACUUCGACAGUCUCAAUGGAGAGAUUGACUUGGAUGUCGUCAAGUCAUUUCUGUACCAGUUAUUGCGUGGACUGGCGUUUUGCCACAGCCACAAUGUUCUUCACAGGGACCUUAAGCCACAGAAUUUGCUCAUUAACAAGAACGGAGAGCUGAAAUUAGCCGAUUUUGGAUUGGCCAGAGCGUUUGGAAUACCAGUAAAAUGUUACUCUGCAGAAGUAGUAACUUUGUGGUACCGUCCACCAGACGUCUUGUUUGGAGCAAAAUUGUACACGACAUCCAUUGAUAUGUGGAGUGCAGGGUGUAUAUUUGCUGAAUUAGCAAAUGCUGGCAGACCACUAUUUCCGGGAUCAGAUGUUGAAGAUCAGUUAAAACGAAUCUUUAAAAUGCUGGGCACUCCGACCGAAGAAACAUGGCCCGGAUUGACUACGUUGCCUGACUAUAAAUCGUUCCCUCCGUAUCCAACAUUAGGUGGAUUACCCCAAUUUGCGCCAAAGUUAAACUCUAGAGGCAAAGAUUUGCUGCAGAGAUUAUUAGUUUGUAAUCCGGCAUUACGUUUAUCUGCUGACGAGGCGAUGGCACACUCGUAUUUUGCAGAUUUAAAUCCAGCUGUGAAGAACGAUCGCUGUCAAUAGCUGGUUGGCUUUAUUUACGAUUCAUAUUCUUGACACUCCAGUAAUGAUAUAUUUCUUAUAUAUGAACGUGCAAUAAUCUAGUUAUGUGUAAUAGGAUAAUGUCUUGUGUUGUUUAGGUAUACCUGCGUGUGGACUUGUGUGUGUGUGUGUGUGUGUGUGAGUAUGUAUGUGCUUCUCUGCAUAUAUAUAUUUAAUGUACGUGCGUAUGCAUAUUAUUUAUGAAUAUACAAUUAUAGUUAAGGUAUAAAAUAAUAAG